AUGCACUUUAUAGAACAAGAACAAUAUCCACGGCAACAAAACGAACGGAAAUUAGAAUCAGAUAACGAUUUAAAAGAUGAGAAGCUGGAUUUGGAAGGACUUACGUUUGAAAACAGAAGUUCGCCAAUACUGGAUUUAACAGGUUUUGUAUUAACUGAUCAAGAUAUCAAGAAUUUAGCUAACGCAUUACAAAACAACAAGACACUCACUACACUCAAAGUUCCUAGCAAUGAAAUUGGAGAUAAAGGAGUCGAAUAUCUGGCUGAUGCUUUACAAAAUAACAUGGCAUUAGUCGUACUCGACCUCAAUUUUAACAAAAUCGGAGAUGUAGGAGUUCAAUACCUAGCUGAUGCUGUAAACAAUAACAUGACACUUACCAAACUUGAUAUGGGAUCAAAUAAAAUUGGAGAGAAAGGAUGUCAAAAUUUAGCUAAUGCUUUACGAUAUAAUAGAGCAAAAGAUAUUUAUCUUCAUCCUGAACAAUUUUCAGUUGAAAAUAAUCUUUUAACACCAACGAUGAAAUCAAAACGAUCCGAAUUAGCAAAAUAUUUUCAAAAGCAAAUUGAUGAAAUGUACAAAUAUAUUGAAUAA